AACCGGAGGGGUUGGAGCUAGAGCAUUGAGCAGGAAGUAAACUCACCGUUGGUUCCUAUGUUUACUUCCAUCUCUCUGGCCGACUUACAAAGCUGAAGAUUGAUACAUGUUCUCCGUUUCCUCAGCUUCACUUUCAUUUCUGUCAUCUCCCAGAGCACUACCAUUUAAAAUGCAAAUAAAUGAAGAGAGUAAUAGACCUUGCCUAGAAGACUCUUCUCUACAGUGGAGUCAAUGGCAGUUGCUUGAUUCACUUCUCCCUACUGGUGGAUUCGCUCAUUCUCUUGGCCUUGAAGCAGCAGUUCAAUCCCACCUGGUGUCUGAUCCCAAUGAACUUAAGACUUUUAUUAUCCACAUUCUGGAGAAUACAGGAAGCUUACUUCUUCCCUAUGUGUACUCAGCCGCCUUGUCGCCAAGUUUGGAAUCCUGGCACAGGCUUGACAGAAUGUUGGAUGCUACCUUAACCAAUGAAGUCAGUCGAAAGGCAUCGAUCUCGCAAGGAUCUGCACUGAUGAGGGUGGCUUCAGCCAUGUUCUCUGAGACUACUACUCUUAAAACCAUGAGGGAUACUUCUCUUGGGUUAGGGUCUGUAUGUUUUCACCAUGCUCCAAUAUUUGGACUUAUAUGUGGAGCACUUGGAUUUGACAUUACUGUUUCCCAGAGAGCUUACUUGUUCAUCACGAUGAGAGAUGUCAUUUCUGCUGCAACAAGGCUGAAUUUGGUGGGACCUCUUGGGGCAGCAAUGUUGCAGCACCAGAUUGCACCUAUAGCUGAAAAUGUAUUGGAAAAAUGGAUGAAUCGUGCGGCAGAGGAAGCAUGUCAAACAGCUCCUCUGCUAGAUGUUGUGCAGGGCUGCCAUGUUUACUUGUUUUCUAGACUGUUUUCCUCUUGAAAGGCACGAACCUCAGGUGUUUGAAUGAAAGAUACACAAAAGAGCUCAAAUUCCAUGAGCUUCAUUAUUUUCCUUCAGGCUUUAGAGACGAGAAUAUGAAAAGAAUAAUUUGUCAAGAAACAGAAGCAGCCUGUGGUUUUUUCCUUGGCCAACAGAUUUAAUUAAAAGAUUAUUAAAUAAUAUUAAUAUAAAACUAAAGUGUAGUUUAGUCCAAAAAAGUUGAAACGUAAAAGUUUGAUUUAACCAUGGUCAAGCAUAUGGGAAGAUGGGGGAGAUCCAUAGAAUGGGACUUCAUAAUUUUAGGGGACAUUUAUAGAGGUGUUUAAAGUAGAGAGGGAUUUUGUAAUUAAGUUCGAAUAGAUGAGAUGUUAGUUUUCACUCCUGAUACAGUUAUUUAAUAUUGGAUA